GCACAGCAGAUGGACUCUCUCUCCCUUCGUCUUGUUGUCUGUCAUUUCGCUUAAAUUCACGAGAAGCUGUUCCCAGGAUUGUUUUGAACUCUAUCAGGGUUUCGGCCAGGACUUUGAGGCGAGUCUAGCAGCGUUCAGCCACAAGAGGAGCGGAUCUACACGGUGUCCGCAGGUGGAGGAGGACGAGGAGCCCGAGCGUGUGCCCUAAAAGUCGCUUCUCCAGAAAGUCAACAGAAAACCACAGAACGCGUGUCCCAUGAUUCCUGAGAAUGGGUGACGGGGUUCAGAUUGGAGAGAACAAAUUUAUCAGCAAAUCUACCAUUCUUUCCCAUCUGAAGACCUACAACCUGUACUAUGAAGGACAGAACCUGCAGCUCCGGCACAGAGAGGAAGAGGGGGAGCUCAUCGUGGAGGGUUUGCUGAACAUCUUCUGGGGCCUGCGUCGUCCAAUCAGGCUUCAGAUGCAGGACGACCACGAGAGGCUCCGCCCACCCCCCUCCUCUACAUCCUGGCACUCGGGCUGCACUCUGGACGGUCAGGGAGCACCACAAAACACCGAGGGCCAGCAGUCGGCACAACCGACCCCACCCACAGUAGAGGUGACCCCACCCCCCGACACCCACCCAGACGACCACGACAUCAGUGAGGAACAAGCUCAAGAGGACAGUGACUGCAGCUCUCAGCUCCUCAGGACAAAGAGCGACGCUGGAGUUUUGAGGCGCUGCCAGCGACGAUCGCCCAGUGACCAGAGGAAGAUCAGGAGACAUCGCUUCUCUAUUAAUGGACACUUUUAUAAUCAUAAGACUGCAGUUUUCACACCAGCGUAUGGCUCUGUCACAAACGUCAGAAUCAACAGUUGUAUGACGACGCCUCAGGUCCUACGAGUUCUGCUCAACAAAUUUAAAAUAGAAAACAGCCCAGAUGACUUUGCCCUUUACCUCGUCCAUACCAGCGGAGAACGUAUGAAGCUUAAACGCAGGGACUACCCGCUCCUCCUCCGCGUGAUGCAGGGCCCCUGUGAGCUCGUCUGUAAAGUGUUUCUCAUGGAGGCCGACCUGGGAGAGGAGGUCACGUAUGAUGUGGCGCAGUAUAUCAAAUUUGAAAUGCCAGUCCUGCAGAGUUUUAUCACCAAGCUGAAAGAGGAGGAGGACAGGGAAGUGCAAAAACUCAGAAGAAGGUAUAACUACCUUCGUUGCAUUAUUGAGAAGCAGCUCAAUUGUAUUCCAGAGGGAGCCACGUGCAUGUAACCUUCUUUAUUGUCAUCCCUAUUCAGAGCAAACAUUCUUCACAUUUCGAUACAGUUUAAAGGAACUGUAUGUAGCCUGCGCUCUUAAAGUUGUAAAAGUCGCACUACAGUCACAUCUGAACCUGGAGCGUUCCUUAACCUGCAGAGAGAAGCAGACACAUAUGUUUCAGCAGAGGCACUGACGAAGGACUAGCUGCAGGUGUCGGGGCUUCGGUAGUGAGAAACCAGACCAGAGAGUCAUUUUAGGUUUAAGCCAACUGGAUUUCAGCGUUCAAACUGGCAUGUGAGGCUCAUUUUGCUUUCUGAUUGGUUUGUCAUCUUGAGAACCAAACCACCAAACUAUAACAUAAACAACUUGGCCAUCGUGCUCAAUGUUUGUGUAAUUACAGCUCAGUUAAAGCUAUAUUCAACCUCAUAUCUGGGGACACAGAUAGAUCACGUUUAUGUAAAGUAAAAGUGUACAUACAGUUCCUUUAGCAAUAAAUAUUUACAGUGUGCAUGUAAAUUAAAAUUAACAGCAAUAUUUUACAAGGGCAAAGUUUUGAACAUUGAGCCUCUCAAUGUUUUGUGUCACUAAAGCAACACAAAGCAACAUUCCUGUGUAUUUAGCUGUGAAUUAUGUGUGAAUUAGAGCCAUGAAAGGAAAAAAAAACAAGGACCACAGCUUUUGAAAGUGCCUAUGUAACAGCAGGUUAACAUAAAACAUAACUUCAGUGACAUCUCAGCCCCCUUAGUCAUACAGGGAUUAUAAAAUGACUGUAUCUGACAUAAUCUUCUUAAGUUAGUUAUAGAAGACUCUAAUUUUGUACUUACUGAUACUGUACUGACCCUUAGACCACUAGUUUAUCACAUAAAGUUUCAAUAAAUCAACAAAUACAAUGAUGAACCUGCCAAUAAGAGCACAAUAAUAGUUAAGCUGUGAAACUAUAGCUUAGGUCUAUAUAUUUUAAUAUAUAGAUUAGAUGUACCACAAUCGUUGAAAUAUGUGAAUGAGCACAAGUUGAGGUUAAAGCUUUGUUCCACAGACAGGUGUCUUUUGCAGAGCUGUGUGCACAAGUCUUCAGUAUUUGUAAAGAAAAACGUGAGGGCAUGACUCUGAUACAGCACAAGCAUGAUUUAUUUUCAUUAACAUUUUGACAUUUGUAUAGUUGAUAAAAAUUUCAAAUGGAACAUGUUUUGUACAAUUUAAUAAAAGGUAUCUUCAGAGU